UAAAAUCUCUAGAGCACAGAUUGAUUAUGUAGUAGUGAGUGGGAAGGGUAUGUAUGUAGUAUGCAAACAAUCGAUAUCUACAAAUCGGGAUUGAUGCCGGUGCGAGGGAGGUAAGGUACGGGCAGGAGUGACAAAUGAGACAAGGGAAAAGGGAAAAACCCACAACAAAUGAAACAAGGGAACAGAGGGGAGCGCAAGAACAAAUGCGGAUGCGAAAAUUAGGUAUAGAACAAUGCAGAUGGAUGAUAGAUGAAGAAAAAAGUCCAGACCAAAGAAGACACAGAUGACACCCAUAGAAACCCCAUGCAGCCGAGCCUUGAGCCAAAUGAUAAACAACCUUUUCCAACUCUAUCUAUGCUUCCACGUCCGGGUCGUUUCGCCAUUGGGAAAGAACAACAAGUAAUCAAAAUGAAAAGGGGGAAAGGGGAAACAGACAACAAUAACAAUCAGCCAGGACUCCAUCCAGUGCUCUUUUCCAGACCCACACUGGUGUAUGCUAUGAUGAUGUUGCUAGCAAACCUAUCAACAGAAACAAACAGAUGCCAGGAUGAUGAUGAUGAUGAUGAUGAUGAUGAUGAUGAUGAUGAUGAUGAUGAUGAUGAUGAUGAUGAUGAUGAUGAUGAUGAUGUAAAGGAUGUAAAGGAUGAGUAACAAUGUGGGAAAUGCUAGGGAAUUCAUCGACGCAACAAAGGAAAUGUAACAAAGGAAAUAGAAAAGCAAACUUGGAUGUUUGACUCCACCGGUGGUAAGGU